CCGAUAUUCAUCGUACUAAACGGCCACCAGGAAGAAGUCAAGAAGAAGCGAGUUCUAGAGCUGGGAUUGGGUAUUCCAUCGGCUUGGACAUUAGCGUUCAGAUUUGUUGACUUCGGAGCAGCCGCUACGCAGUAAAAUUUGAUCAACAGCUAAAUUCACGAUAGCUCGAGAUCGCUUUCUCUCCGAAUCCUGUCGAGAUCUUAAUUAUUAAAUGGCCAAAUGUUCAUGGGAUUUUCGGUACCUUCUCCUCGCAGCCGCUAUCGCAUUCAUCUACAUCCAGAUGCGCCUUUUUGCCACACAAUCGGAGUAUGCUGAUCACGUUGCUGCUGCUGUGAAAUCUGAAAAUCAUUGUACAAGUCAGAUGCGAUUACUAAUUGAUCAGAUAAGCAUGCAACAAGGACAAAUUGUGGGCCUAGAAGAAGAAAGGAAGCGAAAAGACGAGGAGUGCAGACAACUGAGGGCUCUUAUCCAAGAUCUUGAAAGGAAAGGCAUACAAAAAUCGUUUGGAAAAAUACAGGUGCCAGUGGCAGCUGUUGUGGUCAUGGCUUGUAAUCGCGCUGAUUAUCUGGAAAGGACUAUCAAAUCUAUCCUAAAAUAUCAAACUCCUGUUGCAUCAAAGUAUCCACUUUUUGUAUCCCAGGACGGAUCAAAUCCUGAUGUCAGAAAUAAGGCUUUGAGUUAUGAUCAGCUGACCUACAUGCAGCAUUUGGAUUUUGAACCUGUACAUCCUGAAAGGCCUGGGGAGAUAAUUGCAUACUACAAAAUAGCGCGUCAUUACAAGUGGGCAUUGGAUCAGUUGUUUUACACACAUAAUUUUAGUCGAGUUAUUAUCCUUGAAGAUGAUAUGGAAAUCGCUCCUGAUUUUUUUGACUAUUUUGAGGCUGGAUCCAUCCUCCUCGACAGUGAUAAGUCCAUUAUGGCUAUUUCUUCGUGGAAUGACAAUGGGCAAAAGCAGUAUGUUCAAGAUCCUUAUAUACUUUAUCGCUCAGACUUCUUUCCUGGUCUCGGGUGGAUGCUCUCUAAAUCUACAUGGGAUGAACUAUCUCCUAAGUGGCCAAAGGCUUACUGGGAUGAUUGGUUGAGAUUAAAAGAGAAUCACAAAGGGCGCCAGUUUAUUCGGCCCGAAGUGUGCAGAACAUAUAAUUUUGGUGAGCAUGGUUCUAGUUUGGGGCAGUUUUUCAAACAAUAUCUUGAACCUAUUAGGCUGAAUGAUGUCCAGGUUGACUGGAAAUCAAUGGAUUUGAGCUACCUGAUGGAGGACAAAUUCGUAAAGCACUUUGCUGUCAUGGUUAAGAAAGCAAAACCUAUCUAUGGGACUGAUGCUGUUCUCAAGGCAUAUAAUAUAGAUGGUGAUGUGCGUAUUCAGUACAAAGAUCAGGCAGAAUUUGAAACCAUCGCUCGUCAAUUUGGGAUAUUUGAAGAAUGGAAGGUGAUUCAGUUCCCUUAUUUUGGCAUGUUUUGUUUACACUAGAACCAAACACAGAUAACUUAGGUUGAAUUUUUCUUUUGGUUGAAUUCAGAAAGAGCUAUUGAUGUGUUAAUUUAGUGGACUCUGAGCUUCAAGAGAGAGCUUGGUCAUCUCUUCAAUGCCGUACUGUUGCAAUUUCUAUCAAUUCAUUAGGCAUACCUCAGACUAUUCCUUGUUGGAGUUCUAUAGGCUCAUUGUUUCCUGUUUGUGGCAAGUAGUUUGCUUUAAUUUUAUUCUAGUGGAACUAUGCUGGACUGCAGUUACGUGUCCUUGCCCAAAGUUUUGUUAUGUAUUUCUCUCCCAUAAAUUAACGCCUCCAUUUUCCCUUUUUCAGGAUGGUGUACCUAGGACGGCAUAUAAAGGAGUGGUUGUUUUCCGAUACCACGCCCCAAGGUGUGUGUUUUUUGUUGGCCCAGAUUCUCUCCAACAGCUAGGGAUUGAACAAUUGUGAUACCAAAUGAGUUAACAGAGUUCCAAAGAGACAGCGGUUCUCAAUCAAUGUCAGGAGUGAGAUGUGAAAAAGAAUUACUUCAGCAGUAUAUGAAUUCACUGUAUUAUCACAUGGGGCAACGAUGAACUAUUAACAAUUGCCACAUAUUUGCGCUCCUCAAGUUUUGAUUGGUCUAUUAUAGGAAGAAACGAUGGUUUAUGUUGUAGGUUUUGUAGUUCCUAUUUUUUAAAAAUUGUAGUUUGUCGUCUUCAACCAGUAUCUUCUGGGUCAAUACGAACACCGAUGCUCAAUGUAUGGUAACUUUAGACAUCAUACAUAUUGGACAAGCCCUUUUGGCCAGGUGGUAUCAGGUUGGACUCUCAACCUUCAUGUUAGGAUUUCAAAUUUCUUAGUUUUAUAUUUUUUAAAGAAAACAGACGCUGGAUGAUAUUGCAGAACUUAACAAUUAUAGAUGAGUUGUCGCGCAUUUCUUUGUGCAUGGGUUUUGUAAUUAAAGAAAUGUUUUGUUUUGCAAGUCGCUAAUGGGUUGCAACUCUAUUUGGUGGGUUUGGGAUCAUUACUAGUCAGGUCCUAUAUCUUCGACUGGGCACCUCUGUGCCAGAAUGCAGAAGGUCCUUGUCUUAUGCAUGAAAAAAAAAAUCCCUAUUCUUGACUCGUUAGUAAUUUUUUU